UGGCCGCUCGGGAGAAGCGGGCCGCGCCCAUUGGCGGAGAGGUGGGCUCCGCCGGGCCGUGCGCAGAGUAGUAGGGAGGGGCGGGGGGAGCGCGAGGGGCCGUGUGCAAGCCGCGUGUGGCGCAGGCAGAAGGGAGCGGAGCGGGCGGGCAGAGCAGCGCGGCCUUCCCUCGGCGCACUCCGUCCGCCGCCAGCCGCCGCAGCGCGCUCGGCAGUCCGCGGGCAGGUGAUCUGCAACCAUGAGCAGCAACGAGUGCUUCAAGUGUGGGCGUACUGGCCACUGGGCUCGGGAGUGCCCAACUGGGAUUGGCCGUGGCCGUGGGAUGAGAAGCCGUGGCAGAGGCUUCCAGUUUAUGUCUUCAUCUCUGCCGGACAUCUGUUACCGCUGUGGUGAGUCUGGCCAUCUUGCCAAGGACUGUGAUCUUCAGGAGGAUGCCUGCUAUAACUGCGGUAGAGGUGGCCACAUUGCGAAGGACUGCAAGGAGCCGAAGAGGGAGAGAGAGCAGUGCUGCUACAACUGUGGCAAACCUGGCCAUCUCGCUCGUGACUGUGACCAUGCAGAUGAGCAGAAGUGCUAUUCUUGCGGAGAGUUUGGACACAUUCAAAAAGACUGCACCAAAGUGAAAUGCUAUAGGUGUGGUGAAACUGGCCAUGUAGCCAUCAACUGCAGCAAGACCAGUGAAGUCAACUGCUAUCGCUGCGGCGAGUCAGGGCACCUUGCACGGGAAUGCACAAUUGAAGCUACAGCCUAAUUAUUUUCCUUUGUCGCCCCUCCUUUUUCUGAUUGAUGGUUGUAUUAUUUUUCUCUGAAUCCUCUUCACUGGCCAAAGGUUGGCAGAUAGAGGCUACUCCCAGGCCAGUGAGCUUUACUUGCCGUGUAAAAGGAGGAAAGGGGUGGAAAAAUCAACUUUCUGCAUUUAACUACAAAAAUGUUUAUGUUUAGUUUGGUAGAGGUGUUAUGUAUAAUGCUUUGUUAAAGAACCCCCUUUCCGUGCCACUGGUGAAUAGGGAUUGAUGAGUGGGAAGAGUUGAGUCAGACCAGCAAACCCUCUCUGGGUUACAUGGAAGCGAUUCUAUGCAGGAGGAAAGAAAUUCUGGAAGUGUCUUAAACUUCCUCAUAACUUUAAUUUUAUUACAAUGGCCUUGGAUUGUCUGACCUCAGUAGCUGUUAACACCAAGUAAUAUCUGUAUCAGGCCCUACCUAGAGCAUAUAGCUGAGUGGGAGUAAAUAAACAAGAUGCACAUGCCUGUUAAUGGCCAUGAGAGAGAGAGAGAGAGAAAUCAGGAAUAAACUUAAAAUAACAGUAAUUCAGUCAAUGAAUGUUCAUGUUGGAGAUACAGAACGUAAUGGGAAGCUUUUGAAUAAAUACUUCAAAGUAAAUCUGAAACCCAGACAUCAGUGCUCAUAGCAUAUACAAUUUGGAGCUAUUCAGGAGUUGCAAAUAAAUGCAUUUUCACAGAAAUCAAGAUGUUAUUUUUGUAUACUAUAUCACUUAGACAACUGAGUUUCAUUUGCUUGUAAUCAGUUUUUAAAGUAAGAUGGUAAAAGCAAUUGAAGUCCUAGAACAUAGAAAAUGUAAUUUUAAACUAUCAAUAAAGCUGGAGGAGGAAGGGGA